AUGGCGCCCAUGGCGCCCAUGGAGGACGAUGCGCCCAAGCCCCCGCCCACGCCCACGCCCCAGCCCGACGUCCCCGAGGAGCCCGCCUCGAUCGGCGGCGCUCUCUGGAAAUCGGUGCGCAAUGUCCUUGGCGGCGGCGGCGGCGGCAGCGGGAACAAUGCGACGCCUGAGCCGACGAGCCCGUCUGCCGCGGCCGGACGCAAGAGGGCGUUCAAGGAUAUCGAAGAAGCUGAGGAGCCUGCGGCGGACGAGGCCGAUGCAGAGGCGCCAGAGGAGGCCGAGCCUGUCGCGACAUAUAGCGCCACGGUCACCGAGACUGUUGUGAAGACGGAGGGACCUGCAGGCGAGACGAUUGUCGCGACGGAGGAGACGGUUGUGGAGGAAGUCGAGGUCAAGGCGAACAGCACGGCUGUCGAGCUCGAGGACCAACUUCGCGAAUCGCUUGAGGGCACGGUGGAGAGCCCUCGGUCGGCUAGAGGUGCGCCAGCCAUUUCUAUGUUCCUACUGGUGCAGACGUGGCAGAUGAUGUCGGGACGGAGGAAGUCGAGACGGAGGAAGUCGAGACGGAGGAAGUCGAGACGGAGGAAGUCGAGACGGAGGAAGUCGAGACGGAAGAAGUCGAGACGGAGGAAGUCGAGGUCAAUGGGGAAGAGACCGCGCAGCCAGACCAGGUUGCCGAAUCUGCUGUGGAGGAGGCUCCCGAGGAAACCGCCGCCGACGAUACCAACAAACCAAAGGCGGAGACACCAGUGGCUCCAGAACCAGCUGCUAGCGACGACACAUCCAAGGCCGAGACCGGAGCCAACAACGGCGAAACCCUGCAGCCCAUGA